AUGCCUUCUGCUCCUCCUCCUCCUCCUCACACUCCACUCGCCGCCCCGACCGCCGCCGUCUCCGUCACCUGCUCCUACCGGGAGGACGAUGACGGCGCCGCCUCGUGGUCGCUCUCCUCCGGCGCGCCCUCCUCCUCCUCGCCGUCGUCGUCGCGGGGGCGCCGCCCGCCGCCUUACCGGCGGCUCCUCCACGACGAGGCGCGGCGCCUCCGCCAGGAGCGCCGCGGCCAGGGCGCCGGCGCCGGAACGCCCCGGUGGGUGCGCCGCACCGAGGGCCAGAUGGCCCGGUACGUCGAGGACGACCGCGCCGGCCACGUCCACGGCCGCCACGUCGUCGCCGCGGCACGCGCCGCACGCGCCACCGCGUCCCGCCCGCCCGCCGGCGGGUCCGCCAUGCGAGAGGCCAUGGCCUCCUUCGUCGCCAAGCUCACCUUCCGCGAGAUGUGCGUCGUCCUCCGCGAGCAGCGCGGGUGGCGCCAGGCCCACGAUUUCUUCUCGUGGAUGAAGCUCCAGCUGUGCUACGAGCCCAGCGUGGUCGCCUACACCAUCCUCCUCAGGGCGUAUGGCAACGCCGGCAAGAUCGAGCUCGCCGAGGAGGCGUUCCUGGAGAUGCUCGAGGCCGGCGUGGAGCCGGACGCGGUGGCGUGCGGCACCCUGCUGUGCGCGUACGCGCGCCGGGGGAGGCACGGCGACAUGAUGCUCUUCUACGCCGCGACGCGCAGGCGCGGUGUGGCGCCGCCCGUCUCCGCCUUCAACUUCAUGCUCUCCUCCCUGCAGAAGCACAGGCUCCACGGCAAGGUGAUCCAACUCUGGAAACACAUGAUGGAAAUGGAAGAAGCCAACAAUGUGGUGCCAAAUCACUUCACAUACACAGUUGUGAUCGGUUCAUUUGUCAAGGAGGGUCUCCUGGAGGAGGCCAUGGAUGUCAUGGGGAAGAUGAGGGCCUCCCGACUCAUCCCGGAGGAGGCGACGUACAGUUGCCUGAUCAGCUUGAGUUCCAGGCAUGGCAGAGGGGAGCAGGUUGUGAUGCUCUAUGAGGAGAUGAGGGCUCAUGGCAUUGUCCCCAGCAACUACACAUGUGCAUCCCUCCUGGCACUCUAUGACAAGAGUGAGGACUACUCGAAGGCGCUCUCGCUCUUCUCGGAGAUGGAGCGAAGCAGGGUUGUCAUUGAUGAGGUCAUCUAUGGGAUCCUCAUUAGGAUCUAUGGUAAGAUCGGGCUCUACGACGAUGCGCAGCGCACUUUUGAGGAAAUUGACAGUGCGGGUCUUCUGAGUGAUGAACAGACUUAUGUGGCAAUGGCUCAAGUUCACAUGAAUGCUCGCAACUAUGAUAAGGCAUUGCAGGUUUUCGGUUUGAUGAGAUCGAGGAAUGUGAAGCCUUCAUCGUUCUCUUACGGCGCUCUUCUUCGAUGCCAUGUCGCGAGGGAAGACAUAGCUGCAGCUGAAGAUGUCUUCAGAGCUCUGUGCAAAUAUGGUCUCCCUGAUGUGUUCUGCUGCAAUGACCUACUGAGAUUAUAUGUCAAGCUGGGCCAGCUAGAGAAGGCAAGUGCAUUCAUUCUGAAGAUGAGAAAAGAAGAUAUCCAGCUUGAUGAGGCCCUCUGCAUGACUGUAAUGGAAGUUUGCUGCAAAAGCGGGAUGAUCGCCGAUGCGGAUAAGAUACUGAAAGAGAUGAACAAUGGUGGAGUGACCAUGAAGAGUUCAACAAUGGUUUCUAUGAUAGAGAUGUAUGCUAGAAACAGAACCAGUGUGAUGCAGGAACAAGAUAGUUCGUCGAAGGCACUAGCCUGUCAGACCGACAGUUCGGCACUGAACGCGGCGUUGAAGUCAUUGUUGGACACACCUGGGGGUUCGUCCAUCGCAUGCCAAUUGAUCAGAAAAUUGGCUAGGGAAGGGAGGACAUGUGAGGCAAAAUUCCUUCAUGAACAGCUGACUCAGUUGGGAGUCAAGCCUGAAGAUUCAGCAACAGCCACUCUCAUUGUCCAAUAUGGCCAGGAACAGAAGUUACAUCAAGCAGAGGAACUGUUUGAGUCAGAAUCGACAUCGUUUCCAAUAGGAGCGCCUGUCUACAAUGCCAUGGUCGAUGCAUUAUGCAAGUGCGGCAAUAUCGAGGAGGCGUAUCGUCUCUUUAUGAAAAUGGCUGAUCAAGGCCAUAGCAGAGAUGUUGUGACAAUUAGCAUACUUGUCACUCACCUGACCAAACAUGGAAAGUUUCAGGAGGUGGAGAACAUCAUACAUGGCUGCUUCCAUGGUGAAGUUGAGCUUGAUACUGUUGUGUAUAAUACAUUUAUCAAGUCGAUGCUCGAGUCAGGUCUGGAUAAACAUCUUUUCCUCUUCAUAAGGUGGGCAAGCAAAAUUUUCAGGGAGCUAGGCUUGCUGAUCGACGAGAAGAUAUACACUAACAUGCUUAACUUCUAUGGAAAGGCUGGGAGACAUCAGGAGGCGUCUUCACUAUUCGAUAGAAUGAAGGAACUUGGUAUCAUGCCUGGAAAGAUCAGUUUCAACUCCAUGAUCAAUGCCUAUGCCACUUCCAGGCUGCAUGAUGAAGCAGAGAUUGUUUUCCAGGAGAUGCAAUCACACGGUCAAGUUCCCGACUCGACGACGUACCUUGCAUUGAUCAGAUCAUACUCAGAAAGUAGAUGCUACUCCAAAGCUGAGAAAGCCAUCCAGAUGAUGUUGAGCAGCGGCAUAACCCCUUCAUGCCCUCAUUUUAGCCACCUCAUUAUUGCCUUUCUGAAGGCAGACCAGAUUGAUGAAGCCCAGAGGAUCUGCGGCCAGAUGCAGGAGAUUGGUGUGGCUGUUGAUUUAGCAUGUUGCCGGGCAAUGAUGAGGGCGUACCUUGAGCACGGUCGCGUCGACGAGGGCAUAUCGCUCUUCGAGACAACACGCGGGUCACUGAAACCUGACAGCUUCAUCCUGAGUGCUGCAUUUCAUCUCUAUGAGCAUUCAGGCAGCGAGCCUGAAGCUGGGGAUGUGCUGGAAGCCAUCGGUCUACAUGGUGCCUCUUUUUUGAGAAGUUUAAAGGUUGGAUCAAAGUUGGAACCAACUUAA